GGUGGAAAAAUUCAAGCGACCAUUCCGAGAUGGAGCAUCUCGAAAUAUGAAGAUAUUAUAAAAGAGGGGUCAUUUUACAUAAUGACAAAUUUCGAGAUACAAGAGAACAAAGGUGAUUACAGAACCACCGCACAUCAAUAUAUGUUAAAAUUUCACGAGUGUACAGCAGUUAAAGACUCCGAAUCUCGAGAUAUCCCUCGCUAUAUGUUCAAUUUCGUAGAAUUUAGCGAAUUGAGGGGCAACCCUGACUACACGAACUCCUUAUUUGAUGUCAUUGCCGAGGUCAUCAAAAUUGAUGAAGUCGUUAAGUAUGAACGAGAUGGUCAUGAAACGACUAGACUUAACAUAUAUCUCGGUAACUUGAGUGGAGAAACUAUGGAAUGUACACUGUGGAACCACUUUGCUAUUCAAAUGGUUCACUUCUGGAAGGCCAAACAAGAUGAGCCGGUUGUCAUUAUUCUCCAAUAUGCUAUGGUUAAAAGAUGGGGAGCACAUGUGAAUUUACAAAAUUCACUUUUUGCAAGUAAACUCAUAAUAAAUGAAGAUAUGGAUGAGAUAGUUGAAUUCAUGAAGAGUUUGAAGGAAAUGUCCAAACCUAAUUCAGUAUCAUGUUCUUCAAGAGAUUAUUGCACUAAUGGAUCGGCUUCUGUUAAUGAGGACUUCCCUACAAAUUUAGAGUUCAAAACCAUCAGUGAUUUGCAAGCUAUAAAUGAAGAGUGUUCAUGUGUUGUUUAUUGCAACAUAUGCAACAUUCAAACCAGUCAGAAUUGGUACUACAUGGCUUGCAACAAAUGUUACCGUAAGGUUACCGAACAAGGAGGCAAAUGUUGGUGUAACCAUUGUGAUUGUCGUCCUAAUGCUGUUCUCACUCGUUUCAAAGUCCACGUCCGCGUUGAAGAUAAAACCGGUUCUACGUCAUUUGUUCUCUUUGAUCCACAAGUUUCUCCAAUAUUGGGAAAGAGUGCCGCAGAUCUUAAAAAUGCACUGGAAGCAGUUGGUGAUGGCGAUUCAUUUCCAAAUGAGUUGGAAAUAUUGACGAUGAAAAGUUAUCUUUUCAAAAUUGACAUAAAAAGGUACAAUCUAAACCAAUCAAAAAGGGUUUAUACAGUCGCCAGACUCACCGAUGAUGCAACUAUUAUAUCUAAGUGGUGUGAUUUGAUUUGUGAGGAAGCGAAUACUAAUACUGCCAAAACUCCCAUGGAUGUAUUUGAGAAUCAAGAAAAUGUCAUUGACCUCGAAUUGAGUACUGUGUCAUUUGUUGCUGACAAUGCAAAAAUAGGUGAAACUACUCCCUCUUCUAAGAAGCGUCUCUCUGGAGAUAUCAACCACGAGGAUGGUGGUGAUGGUGUGCCGCAUUCCCAA